ACUUUGAUUUUUUUGGAGUGUACUUACAAACAGUCCUUGAUCACCACUAAAACCAACAGUGUUCUUCACCCUUCGGAGUGGACUUCAGAACAGCCCUACAUUUUCACCCAAGCUUAUGGUGUUAUACGAUCCUUUGGACUAGACUUGGGAAUACUUCAUUAGGUCUACAUCUUCUGCAGCUGUCCUCUGACAGAGAUUUUCACAUUGAUUAUUGAAAAGUAGACUUUUAAAACAUUGAAGACAUCUAUACCAGGCUGGCAUCAUGUCUAAUAAAAAGCGAACAAAUAGUUCAAAGCCAGGAAUAAUGUUCUACUUUCACCACCAACCAAAGAAAGGAAAAACUGACAUUCCACUUCAAACACAGAACUUAGCACUGGACAAUGAAAUAGUAACUAUUGACUGUGAAGAAGUUGUUGCUGAGACAUCAGCUGAAUCACACGAUAACUCUUCAGAUGAAAAGCAAUAUCCAGCUGUGUGGUCAAAAGAACAAUUUGACGAAUUCAAAAAGAAACAUGAGUGGCUAUUUGCGUCUAGGGGAAAACUCGGCUGUACAAUCUGUGCAGAAGUUUCUAACUUAAAAAUUCACGCUGCUCGAGGCAUAAAUAUUGCUUCUCAGUGGGCAGAAUGUAACAUUUUACCUUUUGGUAAAACUAAGGAAACAGAGCUCACAUCUCUUCGCAAAAAAAAUUAUAUACACAAAAAUAGCGCUGCUCAUGCAGAAGCAGAAAAAAUUCUAGAAACUGCUAGAAAAGAUAUUCUGCUAAACAUAAAUGGAAGAAGUCAAGAAGCUGCUUUUGAAAUCACUAGCCGUGUAUUCAGAACAGCUUACUACAUUGCUAAAAUGAAUAGGCCAUUUACUGACCAUGAGAGCUUGAUUGACCUGCAAAAAGUGAAUGGAGUUCAGAUUGGGCGUUUGCUUCAUAGUAGAAUGGUCUGCGGAGACAUUAUAGAACACAUUUCUGCUGAAAUGAGGAAAAAGAUUGUCUCACAAAUUAUAACAAAAAAAACUAAGAUCACUAUAUUAGUUGAUGAAGCUACUACACUUUCUAGAAAAUCAACUCUUGUUAUUUUUUUAAAAUCCAGUGUUGAUGGUGUCCAGUGA